AUGGUUCGUCACCCUCAGAGCAACUUCAUAAAGGCGCUUCACGUUCCCCUGACCACAGGAGGAUGCUUACCUUGUGCUCAUCUUCCCAGGCACGCUCUGUGUGAAGAAUUCCGAGCGUGGCUUUCUGCUGUGACCCAGAUCGAACUGGAGCCAACGAUCGACCUAUCCUGCGCUAAAUACGAAUAUACCGAUGUCCUGCUGUGCCAUGAUGAUGAGCUGGAAGGUCGGAGGAUUGCCUUCAUCCUGUACCUCGUGCCACCGUGGGAGAAGAGCGAUGGAGGGACGCUGGACUUUUAUAGUACAGAUGAACACUUCCAGCCGCAGCAAAUCGUCAAGUCAUUAGUGCCUUCAUGGAACACACUGGCUUUCUUUGAAGUGUCUCCAGUCUCCUUCCACCAGGUGUCAGAAGUUCUGUCUGAGGAAAAGUGCCGCUUGUCAGUGAGCGGCUGGUUUCAUGGCCCAUCAAUAGACAGACCUCCACGCUACAUUGAAGCCCCUUUGUCAAGGAGCCCACACAUCCCUUAUGACCAUGAAAUCUUGUAUGAGUGGAUCAAUCUAGUUUAUCUGGACAUGGACUCCCAAGCUCAAAUCCAAGAGGAAUUUGAGGAGCGAUCAGAAAUUCUCCUGAAGGAUUUUCUUAAGAAAGAGAGAUUCCAACUACUGUGUGAAGCUCUAGAGAAAAAGGACAUCCAGUGGAGUAGCCGGGGACCGCCCAAUAAGAGAUUGUAUGAGAUAGCAGAGGAAGACAGUCUCUCUGACAUCCUGAAGAGCUUCCUGCAAUUUUUACGUUCCGAGGCCUUGUUUCUGUUGCUUUCCAACUUCACUGGCCUAAAGCUGCACUUCCUGGCUCCCUCUGAUGAGGAUGAAGAUGCUGGGGAAGGAAGAGCUGUGGACGCUGCUGGACACAGCAGCCCCAAACCCAAGCAGGAAGAGACUGAACAACAGGCUGACAGCGAUGCACCUCUACUAGACCAGCCUGAAAACAUCCCUGAAGUGCAAGAUAGUGAGACACAGAACGGUUCAGGUGCCCCUGUCUGUGCGGGAGAGCUGAGGCGCUGGACCCACGGGCACUACACUCUAGUCCAUGACACCCAAGCAACAGAAUUUGCUCUGGACCUGCUCUUUUUCUGUGGCUGUGAAGACUGGGAUCCAGAAUAUGGUGGCUUUACAUCCUACAUUGCAAAAGGUGAAGAUGAAGAGCUGUUGACUGUGAAUCCAGAGAACAACUGCUUGGCCUUGGUUUAUAGAGACAAAGAAACUAUGAAGUUCGUGAAAUACAUCAAUCAUCGUAGCUUGGCACGUCUGAAAAAGCAUCCGAACAGAACAGGAUUUUGGGACUUUUCUUUUGUCUAUUAUGAGUGAUGGUGCCGAGAUGACCAUCCUCACACAGCAAAUAGUAGUGAUGGCAGUACUGGGUUUUGGGUGGGUUCCUAGCCAAAAGUUCAACUGGAGCUCAUCUAAGCAGAUGAACUUGGCUGCUACUAACUCGAUCAUACCAUAUGUGAGCUGUACUCUACAGAGUGGGGUCCAAGUGACUUUUUUGUUAACUAUACAAAUAGAAAUCCACUCACCUUCUGACCCCGUUGUAACGUGCAUUCUUGACUGCUUCAACUUGAAGGGAGGGUCACUGCCAUACAACUCUGACAGCUGCUGUAUCAGUUUCCAGCUGCUGUUCUGGAAAUGGUCGGAUGAGUCUCUAAUCUGUCAGGAUGAAAAUUAUAAUUGCGUGUAGCCCCAAGCUCAUGACUGAUUAAAAGAAGAGAUGGCUCAAUGCAAUGCUUCAGA